AAUCCCUCCCCGAGAGUAAAAAAAACUGGACGAAUAAAUCCCCAGCGCCGUCGGCGGCGGCGCGGCUGCGAGAGGAUAGGUUGAUUCCUUGAUCGGGGGUUCCAGUUCGCGGCGAUCCGGGAAAGAAGACGAGUGCGCGGGUCCAUGGCGGCUUAUGGAAGCACACGAGACGGUCCCUUGGAGAAGAAGAGGAAGAAGGUGGUUGUGUGGAGCGAAGAGGAAGAUGUCUCGACGCCUGAUCCGUUCGCGUGGGUUUAUCCUGGCUCCUACUACUUGGCGGCCAAGAAGAUGGAACAGGCCAGACGCGAUGAAGAAUCAGCUCCCCGCCCUGUGAACAUCCCCACGCUCGAUGACUUCAAAUCCCCCACCAGGUUUCACACUGCCCAGCUCUUCUCCGUCCGUGAAUCUGGAAGCCAGGCCGUGCUCUCCGCUGCCAAAUUUCUCCUAGGGGUUUCAUCCUCUCUUGAUGGUGAACCGCUGAGACGCUGCUCCGGCUUCUGGGUCGAUUGGGAUGAGGGGAACAAAACCGGCCUUGUUUUGACAACUGCGCGGCUCAUUCGCACAAAGGAUGCUCCUGACAACGUCUCGUCAGGCGGCGAGCAGUAUGCCCCUCGUGCUGAUGUCACUGUUCAUUUGUUAAAUGGCACUAGUGCAAAGGGCGACCUGGUCUACUAUCAGCCCCAUUACGAUAUCGCUUUCUUGAAUGUUGAGGUGGAUCAACCAAUCAAGUUACCAUCUCUUCGUGAAAAAGAUGUAAAAUUUGCUGAAGAGGUUUUUCAGCUCGGAAGAGACAAUUCCUUAUAUCUAAGGAUAACAUAUGCUAGGGCAAAGUAUAUGAAUUCAACCAUGUUUGAGCGGCACCACAACGUGUACUUCCAUUCUCUAGAUGGCCAUUACUAUGAUAAUGAGUAUGACAACGGGGGGCCAGUUAUUGACUUGAAUGGAAAAGUUGUCGGAAUGGUCAACAACCCCGAGAGAUUUGGGUCUUUUAUACCAUCUUCCAUUUUGCUCAAUUGUUUGGAUUCGUGGAAGAAAUAUAGGUACAUCGCUCGGCCCCAUCUUGGGAUGACGUUUAAGGCCGUCAAGCUUCUACAGCCUGCUCAUGUUGACAUGUUAUGGCGCAUGUGUAACAUUGAUGACGGUCUUGUUGUUCAGGAGGUGUCUAAAGGAUCUAAUGCUGAGAUACUCGGAAUCCAAGAAGGUGAUCUUAUUGAAUGUAUGAAUGGAAAAUGCAUUUCUACCACAAUUGAGUUGGAAAAUACGUUGAUGAGCCUAUGCAAAGGCCCUUCAGACAGCCAAAAUGGCCAUAAUGCUGAAGUUUGUAUUUCUAUUGGGGUGUUUCACACACUCAAAAAAUACCGAAGUACCAGAGAGUUGACUGCAAAUGUAUCAGACCUUGGAGAAGUUAUUGCAAGAGGUACACGUCUCCUCUUUUAACUAGUCCCAUCUACAAAUUAUCUAGAUUAUCACUUCAUUCUAAAGGUAUGUAUAUUCCAGUUUUUUGUAGAUCGAUUAUAUUUUAAUUCAAAUAUGUAAGCUUAUGUGCAUUGUGCAAUACACUCCUAUGUGACAUCCAUGUGAUGCUUACAAUGUUAUACCAGACUAUAAACUAUGUUGAUAUUUUGGGAUUUUAUAUGGUUUUGGUAAAUGGGUGGUGUGCAGCAAGUAAAUUGUUGAGA